UAUCGAACAUUUAAAUACCCAAAUACCUUACUUGAGAACCUCCCACUAUGUAUCUGUAAACAUCUUUCAAGAGGAAAGGAAAAUUUCCCUUUCUCUUCUUAGAAAUAAAACCAUGUUUUAGAAUAAUUCCUAUGUUUCUAUCUUUCUUGAUUUCCAUCAUAAAAACAAUGAGAAGAAUCCUUGAAGAAACUUAGGCAGCAACAAGCUCACUUGUCCUAUCCAAAUACUUAUGAUAGCCAGAGCCAAAGUGAGUCAUUGAGGGUUGGACGAAGGAAGCAUCAACUUGACCAAAGAUUAGACUAAAAGAUUUUGAGAAAAUCUGUUCGGCAUACUACUGUUCGGAGUAAGAUUUGGAGCUAUUUUAGGCAUGUUUCAGCCUUCUUUAGCUACUGCAAAAAUUCUUGUCACAUGCCUCUAUUUUCCCUCACAAUUUGGUUCUUGGGCUUUGGCGUCCUUAACUACUACACUUGCUUGCUUAGACCUGAGGUACCACCCAGAAAUGGAACAACAAGAGACAAGGGGAGAGUUGUAACUAAAUAGUUACUUUGUUUUUAGUUUAAUAAUUAAGUUUGAGAUUA